CAGCAGCAAUGGCAAACCGUGCGGUCUUAUAUUUUCUUUUUAUGGUGGAGGUAUUUCCGAAAGGUCUAACAGUUGUGAUAGAAACACAACAGGCUGUGAUGGCAGCAGUAGGAGAAGAGGUCCCCUUCAGCUGUCAGCUCAUGCAGUCUAGAGAUGUUCUUCAGGUCACAUGGCAGAAACUUUCACCUGAUGGGAAGAACAAGGAUCUUGGCAGCUACAACAAAUACUUUGGGCAAACAGUGAAUCCUGGUUUUAAGGGGAAAGUGGAGUUUAAAGAUGCUGGACUGCAGAACUGCUCCAUAAUUAUCAGGAAGGUGAUGGAGCAGGAUGAAGGCUGCUAUCUCUGUUUGUUUAACACGUAUCCUGAUGGUUCUCUGACAGGCAGAACCUGCCUCCAACUCUAUGAGCUGCAUGAACCCAUUCUACAAAUCAGAGAAUCAAACUCUACUGAAGAGACAGUUGUGUCCUGCUCGGCCACAGGUCGUCCUGCUCCCACAGUAACUCUGAAUGUCACACAACAAGACCUCUACUUCUCUCACAGCAGCACAGUCAGUGUCACCAACACCAACGGUACAGUCACCGUCACCACUACAGCUGUGCUGUCUGGUUUCCAUGAAAACGAUGCACAGGUUGGAUGUGCAGCACGACUGCUCUCAGUCCCUGAAAUUCAGGUGUUUAUGACGAUUCCUGCGGUGAAACAAUCGUCUGCUGAUGAUUUCACUUUGAUCGUUGCAUUGUUUGUGACAGUGGCUGUUGUUUGUGCUGUAGUCAUCACUCUCGUCACUGUCCUGCUCAGACGUAAAAAUAAGAACAGGGAUGCUGAGAGCAAGACGCCACAAAAACCAAUCAAAGACACUCAUGAGUGCAAAACACCUUUAAUGGAGGAGGUGAAUGAGCAGAUCAGGAGACGAACACCUCAGGAGAAAAGUCCAAAAGGGGAGAAACCAGAACCACCAUCUCAACACACAGCAGGAAGUCUAUUUACCAAACCAAUCAAAGACAAUUAUGAGUGCAAAACACCUUUAAUGGAGGAGGUGAAUGAGCAGAUCAGGAGACGAACACCUCAGGAGAAAAGUCCAAAAGGGGAGAAACCAGAACCACCAUCUCAACACACAGCAGGAAGUCUAUUUACCAAACCAAUCAAAGACAAUUAUGAGUGCACACCUUUAAUGGAGAAGGAGAACCAGCAGAUCAGGAAACGGACAUCUCAGAAGAAAAAUCCAAAAGGGGAGAAACCAGAACCACCAUCUAAACGCAUAGCAAGAAGUCUAUUUAGUGACAAACAACCAGCAAGACUGUAGUUUCACUACAAAGUCAGUCAGACUUGAACAAAGCUACAUCAAAGCAUGUGUUGGUAAAAUGUUCAGACAUUGUAAAAGAAUCAAAAAGUGUCCUGAACAAGAUGAAUCUCUCAUCUUAUAUCUCCAGAUCGAAAAGAUUAAUAUACACAGAGGUUUUGAUGUUUUUGGAAUAUUUUAAUACUAGUGCAGUACCUGUUCAAAACAUGCCUGUUUGGAAUGGGCUGAUUUCUCAGUUUUGCCCAUCCCCUAAACGCCUCUCAUGCAGACUAUUGGUAGACACUACAAUUUACCUAUGCUCCCUAAACGCCUCUCAUGCAGACUAUUGGUAGACACUACAAUUUACCGAUGCUCCCUAAACACCUUACAUGCAGGUUAUCAGUAGACGUUAUAAUGUACCCAUUUCUGGAGAUUACAAUUUUGAGUUGAGCUGAAGUUUAUCGGAUGAACUGUGGUGCCUGUUUCAAAUGUGCCUUAGAAACCUUACACUAUGUCUCGAACAUACAUACAAAGUUCCGGUGUGUGAGGAACAGGAAUAGAGCUCAACUCUCUGAACUUUUUCAAUUCAUUCUCUAUAGUAAUUCUCACUCUCCACGAGCAGAGGAAGCGAAUCAACAUUAUCAACGUAAUUUAUGAGGUAUUUUUAUAUAUUUCUCGAGAACUGCUCAUCCAAACAACUUCACACAUUGACAUUGCACUUCCCCGUUUCUCCAGUAAUCCACCCACCAGGUAGUAAGUAGGAUCGGAUGAAUGGUUCUCAAGAUAUAUGAAACUUACAUACAGACAUACAGAGAUUCCUUGCUUUUUAUAGAGAGAUGUCUACUGUCUCUUACAUGUUGAAUACAACCAGUUCCUCUUCUUUCUUGCUGUUUGUUGGGACUUUAAACUCUACCAAGUAUUUUUUAACUUGUAUAAUACUUCAAAUAUAUUGUUUUACACCACUUUAUUCUUGCCUCAUCAGUUUUUUUUAAGUAAAAUUGAUAUAAUUUUUGGUUUUGUCGCGUGUACUGUUCACUGCUUCUUUUCUUUUUUGAUGAUUUUUUUUGUAUAAAAUUAAUUUUGCCAAAGAUGAAAUUACACUGAAAGUAAAUAAUGAAUGUGUAUUAUUCUUGGAAGGAUGCAGUUUUUCUGUAAAACUAUCUUUUGUACUUUGUAUUUGUCUUUUGUUGUAAAU